AUGGCUACAAUUGCGAGAAAGAAAGCUUGGAGACCAAAAUCCAAAACUGGCUGUCUUACUUGUCGAAUUCGCCGUGUCAAAUGCGGAGAAGAGAGACCGGGGUGCCUUCGAUGCACGAAGACUGGACGUAAAUGCGAUGGCUAUGAUCCUGAUCAUCCAGAGAUGUCGAGUGCCCCACCGUCACGAAGGGGCAGUGAGGCUUCCUCAUCAAAUAAAGGCCAAACUGAUAGCCCCAUCAUGACUUCUACCCCAAGCAUAGUCGAAAUGCCUUCUCCGGUCAUUGAAUGGGAUGAAGAAGAGCGAAGAAGCUUCAAUUUUUUCAUCGCCAAGACAGCGCCAGAAUUGGCGGGUAGUUUUGAAUCUAAAUUCUGGGCCAGUCUCAUUUUGCAGAGGUGUCACUCGGAUCCGCCCAUUCGCCAUGCAGUCAUUGCAUUGGGAGCCCUCAACGAGUCCUUCAAGUUUGGCGAUAUAAAAUUACUGGAAGCGGGAGCGAUUGCUGAUCCGAAACAACGAUUUGCUCUGCUCCAAAAUAUUAAAGCUAUACGUUACUUGACGGGUCAUCCCUCUUAUGGAAGUCGCCGACAAUCCUCAGAAGUAAUUCUGAUAUCUUGUCUUUUGUUCAUUUGCUUCGAAGCAAUGCAAGGAAAUUACCAAGCUGCAUUUGCUCAUCUAAACAGUGGCUUAAAGAUUUUAAGCGAUUGGAUGGAGAUAAAUGGACAAGAUUCCCUCGCACAUUCAGAGUCAAGCGUAAAUCGAGAAUUCAUCCGCUCAGAAAUAGUACCUUUAUUCGGAGCUUUAAAUACCCAGGCGAUCAAAAUACUACCAGCUAACUUUGUUCAAUGGGAAAUGACGAGCGGGUCCACGAAAUUUGAUUUUACAGCUCAGACCAGCAUACCAGAUCCCAUCUCAUCGCUGAAUGAAGCAAAACAUCAUCUCCAAAACCAGACCCAUGCAAUUUUGGUAUACCAUCGGAAUGCAACACAGCAUUAUAGCCCGGAGAUUUCAAAUAAUGACGAAAAUCUACGCUCAAGUGACUUGAAUGCUAUGGUCGAAGAAAGGAGAGAUCGUAUUAUGCAGCUUGAGCAGUGGUCCAGAGUCUUCAACAACUUUGCACAUGCAGCAGGUCAAACAAUGAAUACGACUGAUCUACGAGCAUCGAUUUCGCUCAAAAUUCAUUAUGUCGCCAACAAACUAAUUCUCGAAACAGCACAGUUCGAGACUGAAUUGAACUACGAUUGUUACAUGGAUGAGUUUGAACUAAUGACUUCACUAGCCGAAUCUCUUCUCAAAUCGUACGGCGAUUCAAGGCUAGAAAACGGACGGGUGUUCUCUUUCGACACUGCAAUAAUACCACCGCUGCUAUGUGUGGCAUGCAAAUGUCGUGAUCCUUCACUGCGCAGGAGAGCACACGCUCUUCUCGUCAGCUCUUUCAAACGAGAAGGUGGUUGGGAUAGUGACUUGGCGAGUAGUAUUGGUCGGUGGACUAUAGAUAAGGAAGAGAAGGGUCUAGAGAAUAUUUCGAGAGCCGAGGAAGUGGUGGAGUCAUCUCGGAUCGUAGUAACGGAAAUAACGUCCCUUGGACGACGAAAGGCAUUGAUCAAAUUUAGACAAGGUCCUAGUCGGAACAAUGGAGAUGAAGGGCCUCAGGAGGAAUGGAUUGUAUGGUGA